AUGAAACUUCAAUAUGUUAUUCUUAUUACUCUCCUUGUUGUUCUGGUCUCUGCAACCAUGAAUCAAGCAAUAGGAAUCAAUGGUGUGAAACCCAUCAAUGUCAAUGAUCCACAUGUGAUUGAUAUCGCCAAAUUUGCAGUUAACGAGUACAACAAACAAAGUAAAACGACCAAGUUAACAUUCGAGAAGGUCUUAAAUGGUGUACCUCAUACGACGUCUACUGGGACUAUUUACCGUUUUACCCUUUCUGCAACCGAUGGUUCAACUUCUAAUAAAUAUGGAGCUAUUGUGUUGGAGAAUGCACAACACUCUUUGAAACUCAUAAAUUUCGCACCUAUUCAUGCCUAA